AGCUAAACAUCGAUGUUUAUUCAACAUGGAUUAAUAUCGAUCAUCCCUAUUAUUUUGUUCUUUCAAAAAAUUUUAAUUUUUAAUUUAAGCUCUGUAUAACUGGAUAUCUAUCUUGAAAUUAUUUCAAUAGAAUGGUAGAAAUAAGUGAAAAGCAAUUGUGUAUUAAUAUACCAUUCUCUUCUCCUGAACAUGUUUCAAUAGCUAGUGAAGUAUUAAAAGUAGACAAGGAGCUAAAAGGAAGUGGUGUGCAUAGGGAGAUAACUGCUAGUGGUUUGGAAUUGAUUGUAAUAUUUUAUGGGGAAGACUUCAAAAAAUUAUGUGUUGCUGUUAAUGCAUUUCUAAAGAAUGUUUUACUGAUAUUAAAGACAAUAGAUUUGUUCUCAACAAGCUAGCUGCAAUUAGAAAACGAUGCCUGAACAUACGCCUGCACCAACUCCAGCAAGGUCCUUGUAUGGAUUUUUUAUGUAUGUUUUCAGUAAGACUUUGAUGGGUAUUUAUUUAAUCUGGGCAUUUGUCCCUGAUUAUUAUUUGCAUUAUUUUAGUAUUUAUUAUUACCCACUAAAAUAUUGGUCAACUGCAGUCCCCAUACAGUGCCUUGUAGCAUUAACCUUGUAUGCAUUUUUUAUUUAUCCUAGUUUUAAUUUAAUACUAACAACUAAAAUAGAUAGUAUAAAUACAAUUCAAGAUUCCUUUUCACAGUAUGCUAGUGCAGAUAGUAAACUGCCUUGCAAUGUUGAGACUGUCUGUUGUUGUACUGAUGUAAGUAAAUGCCGUAAAGGAUGUGUACUAUCACCCAGAGAAUAUCAAGAAAAUACAGUUCCACCAUUGCAUGAUUUAAAUAUAUCAAUGGUGUGCAGAAAAAUGUAUUUAAAUAAUGAAACUUCGAAGUAAAUAUUGACUUUUUUUUUUGUUUUAAUGCCUCUUCAAUAAAUUAUCUCCCUCAGAAAAUAAAAAUAUGUUUUAUUUA